GCGUGACACAGAAGGGAGUGGAGUAUGAUGCUUGGCAUUGCGAUAAUGUAUUUCAACAACAACUGUAACAGCUGUACGGCAGAUGGUCAGUAUGGAUGUUUUAUGUUGUUAGGACUUCAAGGAUUAUUUCAGAGUCUGAAACGACUGCGAUAGAGUUCUUUUAAUAAAUAUACAUAGUAGCACGUUGUCUGAAGAAUGUUGAUAAUGUAAAAUAAUGUCAGAUCGGAUUUAUGGGUUUCUUUCUCUAAUGUUUUUCUCCCAAGCCUCGCUGGCCUAUUGUAAAACACACCACAAAUAUUGGACUUUAAGGCAGUUUGUCAUUUCGUGUAAAGUUCAAUUCAAGUUCGGUUAAUGCACAACCCUGGUUACGUUGUAUAACUUAUGGAAACAGUUAUAGUGAAAGGGCUGUAACAAAUUCACAUUAGUGACGUCAUCUCAUUUGUAAAUAAUACAUAAUACACACAACAUGAUAUCCACCAAGUUAUUUUUACUGUAGUAUUUUUUAUUGAAAUUCGCCUAUUAGUUAAAACUAUACUUGCUUAAAUCAUUGUGCACCCACAUGUCAUUUCAAACCUGUAUGACUUUUUUAUGCAGAACACAAUAAAAAGAUUAAAAAAACAUUGUUGGUGACCAAACAAUUUUGAUAGGCUAUCAUUGACUUGCAUUGUAAGGAGCCAUUUUUCUAAAUAUUUUCUUCUUCUUUCUCAAGAAGAGUCAGAGAGAAAGAGGUUUUGAACGAAAUGAACAGAAUUUAUUAACUUUCCUUUUUAGAUCUUAUUAACAUUAGCAAAAAUGAGCAAUACACACAACAUUUAUACAUUUUAAUUAACUUGAUUUAAUACAAAUACAGUUGUUCAUUGUUUAUUUAUUGUGUAUUAAUAUGUUUACAAAAUGCUAACCUCUACUACAAUGGCAAGGCAGGUGCUUGCUUUGCUUCUUUUAGAAUAACUUAAGCAUCGUUAUAAAAAGAGUGGGAGCUGAUGUUGAUCUACCUCUCAAAAUUACUUUAAUUGGUUUAACCGACGUGUGGUUGAUUCAGUCAUAAACAAAACAUUUAACGGUUCUGUCUUGCCUGUAUCAUGAGGGAGUGUGCAGGCCAUAACAAAAGCAAAUGAUGUCGCUAAGCGCGCGGAGUCUGAGCAGUUGCGUCUUCAAGUCUCCACGCAAACUCGGAGCGCGCGCAACUAUCUUAUCCACCGCACCUGAACACGAGUCAGAGGGAACGAGACUGGCUCAGUCUUUUGCACCCGUGCCAACCCGCAGAUCCACCCAUGGACACAACGCAACUACAUCCUUUUAUGCCUCAUUAGAUCCGGGAUUCUGUUAUUCCAAACGGGCUUUGUGAUUGCAGUUUACUUAAACUUUGAUUUCUUUGGUUUAUUUGUUGCUAAAGUAAAAAACAGCUUGAAAUUGCAUCAACAGCAUCUUAUUGGUAUGUUUGUAGGCUGCCUUUUAGAUGCUUUUAGAGUGAUGAUGGAGAUUUACUGUAGUUAAGGUAACCUGCUCCUAUAUAUAAACAAAAGAACAGAUAGAUAAGAGACAUCUCACUUCUUUAGCAUACGAAGGGUGGAAUAUACGCAUUUAUCCUCGUGCAGAACAGCACAAACGACUACUAUCAACAUGGAAGACAAUGAACAGAGCUGCGAGUCACUGGUGUGCGCCGGUUGUGGCAGACUGAUCUCAGAUCGGUUUUACCUGCUCGCGGCUGACAGACAGUGGCACGAGCGCUGUUUGAAAUGCAGCGCGUGUCAGGCUGAUUUGGAGUCAGAGCUCACGUGCUUCAGUAAACAUGGCGAUAUUUACUGUAAAGAGGACUACUACAGGACAUUUUCUUUGCAAAGAUGUGCACGGUGUCACCUGGGCAUCCCAGCCAAAGAGAUAGUGAUGCGAGCCAGGGAUCUGGUGUACCACCUGAGCUGCUUUUCCUGCGUCACCUGCGACAAAGUGCUGCUCACUGGAGAUCAUUACGGAAUGAGGGACACUUCAGUGUACUGUCAGAUCCAUUUCGAGAUGAUGCUACAGCAUCACACGAACUCUCAGAACUCCACACAUGAAGGGGCUCUGGUGCAGAGAGGACGAUCACGGAGGAGGAAAAAUUUUGAUGCAGCAGACCAUGUUGUUUAUAAUUCAGAUGUGAGCGAUAUGGGUGUGAACCUGUUGGAGAAAGUGAGACAGUCUAGCUGUCAGAAGUCCAAACGCAUGAGAACGUCUUUCAAGCACCAGCAGCUGCGAAGCAUGCAGUCCUUCUUCAACCACAACCACAAUCCAGACGCCAAAGACCUCAAAGAGCUCGCACAAAAAACCGGCCUCUCGAAACGCGUGCUCCAGGUUUGGUUCCAGAAUGCUCGUGCAAAAUUCAGGAGGAAUCACCUGUAUCAGGAGAGCAUUGGUGCGGACAAUAUUUCGGACAAUUCCACCACGUCACCAUCUGUUCCUUCACCGGAGAUGUCUCCCCCAUCCUUGAACACACCCAGCCCCUCCAGCACCUCUCCAUCACAUCACACAUGCUUAGAACAAAACAUACAUGUGAACCACAACAGCAUGAGCCCUUUACAAUGCACAACCUCUAAUUUCUUCUGAGGUCCUCCAUCACAGAGCAUCUUAGAUUCACAAAAACCGAAUCACUUUUCAUAUAUAACGUUCUUGAGUCGGCUGAAACGAUAUUUCUUGAUGUCACACUAUAGGUUUUGCAGAUCAGAGUAUUGAUUCUAGAUCUGUUUACAGAAUAUUGGAUUCUUUACGGCAACAGAACGUUUUCUAAAAGAACCACAGAACUUAGAAGGUAUUGCAUGGCAUCAGGGCUGACUUUUUUAUUUUUGUUUUGUCAUUUUAAUAUAAACUAUGUUCAGAAUGAGUACCAGAAUAUUGCAUAUAGUAUACAGAGCAUGUACCGUACACUGUUUAAAAAGAAAAAGUAUGUGAAACUAUAUGUAAUAUGCAACGAUAAACGAGUAGUACGAUACAUUGUUGAUCCACGAUCCCACAUGUUUCAGUAAAUAUGGUUAUUUAGCAUUUUUACUCCAAUUUUACUUAAAAGUGUCUUAUUUUUGCUUAGUUCACCUCAAAAUCUGUCCCUAUUGGCUUUCCAUAGUUGGAAAAAAAAUACAAUAGAAAGUCAAUGGGGACAAACUUUGAAGUGAACUAUACUCCUUUAAUGGAAGGUCAAGUUGAAUGCAUUGGCUAGAAUAUUCCAUGCAAUAUGCUGUGAUUGUAUACAGAACAUUUUGGCAAAUGUUAUUCAACUACUCUGUGCAUGUACAGACCACUUGCAUUUUGUGCAAAGUACAGUUACUGCAGUAUAUUCUACAGAAAUGUAAAGAUUGUGCUAUCGAUUAAGCUAUAACUCGCUCAUAUCAGGUCACAAAAAGUCUUAAAGGUUUAAAGCAGCAAACUUUGGACUCAAGAUCCAUUCAUGCCCUCAUAAGUACACACAGUGGGAGUCAAACGUGGUUUGGCUUUUGUUCGAAGUCUCCAAACAAGAUUAACUAGGUUUACGCUUCUCUAUAGAUGAAAGUAAAAUAAAGUGUUCACAU